AAAGAUCAUGACUUUUGCCAACCCUCUGCGUGGAGGCUAGUUUCUCUCGAGUCAAUACAGUAUGGGAAUAAAGGAAGCUUUUUCACUAAAGUGAUAUUCCCCAUCAGUCAAGUAAGGAAUCCAAUACCCCCCAACCUUGUAUAUUUACAAGCUUGAGCUCCCUUCCCCAGAUAUUGAUUACGUUUGCUUUCUCCUCCUCCUCUGCUACUGGGUGGAUUAGUAUUCAAUCUCACUCCAAUUUCAUAAGAGUUCUCGCCAUUUAUGAUGACUAAUCUGGUGGAAUUAAAAGUGAAUUUACAUUGUGAAGAAUGCAUCAAGAAAAUCUUGAAAGCUAUCAAAAAAAUACAAGCAGAUAUUGAAACAUAUAAUGUGGAUAUUGAGCUAAACAAGGUCAUAGUGACUGGAAAUGUCACAACACAGGAAGUCAUUAGAGUCAUUCACAAGAUUGGCAAGACAGCAACCACUUGGGAGGAAAAUCCCACAGCAAAUUGCUAAAUGUUCCAAAAGAUCCAUGCGAUCUGAACCAUUUGGCCAGAUCAUACCAAAGAAUGAUUAUCAGAUGUGCUGCAGAACAGGGGAUAUAAAAAGCCAACAGGACACAUCCGAUACUUCAAAUUUUCAGGGUAGAAAAGCAAAGUUGUUAUGUAAAGGCAUACUAUGCCCAUCAAGUUUAUUACCUACGCUUAUUAUACUAGCUAGUUACUUUCAAGAAUCUUUAUUUGUAACUCUGCUACAUCAACAUAAUCCAACAUCAAACUCGAUAUGAAUUCCUAAAUUUUCAA